AUGGCUCCCCUCGACCUGAGCUCCGACAAGCUCGACAGCUACAAGCAGCAGGCGCUCGACGAGUUCAGCAAGCAGGCGCACCAAGUCGCUCAACGGCCCCUCCACUCGCGCUACCUCGAGCCGGCAGUCGACUCGCUCUCGAAACGCGCCCAAGGUCACCCGGUUCGCGCCUCGUUCCUCGGCGUGUUCGCGCUCUUUGCGUUCCUCCCCGUCCUGGCGUGGACCGGCUUCGCACUCGGCACGAUCCUCGUCGUCGGCGGGACCGCCCUCGUCGUCUCGACCGUCCUCAUCUCGUGGGCGCUCGCCACGGCCGGCCUCGUCCUUUUCGGCGUCCUGUGCUUCGCCGCCUUCUUCUCCAUCCUCGCGACCCUCUCGCUCGGCGCGAGCUACGCCGUGUACCGCUUCUACGCGAUCCUCAAGCAGUCCGAGACGCUCCCGGACGCCAUUCAGGACUUCCAGGACGAGGCGGCCGCGCUCCUCCUCCCCGGCAGCUACCAGGACGGCGAGUCGUCGAACCGGGUGCGCUUCAACGGCGUUGUCAAGAAGGAGGACGGCGAGGGCGCGAGCCUGAACGACCUCAAGGACGACGUCAAGGACGACCUCAAGUCGGCUGGCGCCUGA